UUGUCCUCCAAACUCCGUUUUCCCCUUUCCUGAGUUGGGUUGAGAUUUUGAUAUAAUCUAGCAGAAAAACAAGGGAUGUGCCCUUCAAAUGAACUGUAUUUGAAUUCAAAUUGGUGGUUUGCCUUAAUUUCUAUUCUUUAUUUGUUUUGAUUCCCAGAAACCGAAAGCUGCCAAAAGGAAAUAUCGUGGAUUUUGGAAAAUGAAGAUUCUGGAAAAGGAAUUGAAAGCGUGGGAAGCAAAGGCAAGGGAGAUGAGAAGGGAAGUUGAGCACAUGAAAUUGGGAGAUCGGGAAUCCAAGGCAAAGCUGAUAACACUUGAGCUGAUUAAUGCAGAAACCAGGGAAGCUAAUCGUCAAGCAUCCAUCGACAAUGCUCGGAACCAGCUUCUCGUUCAAGCUAUGCUUCCUCUUUUCCAUGGUAAUUGCGAUUUCCUUUUUCAAUCUAAAAACUGCUUUUCAUGCCAACGUUUCAGCCGCUGCAAAAUGACCAAUGAUUUCUUUUUCUUUUUUCAUUUUAUUUUGCAGAUUAAAUUUUAG